UUUCAACUGCAACUCUUAAAGAAGAUGGGUCUGACCGGACAACUCGCCAUUCUCCUGAUGGCCACGUGCUACGUGGGCCGAGUUGAUGCUGCAGAUGGACCCAUUGUGCAACUCAACUCAGCAGAUUACCCGUACUUGGUGAUGGUGGUCGGGGAUGACAAUGGAGACUUAACCAUCUCACCUGGCGUGUUCCUCUCCACACAGUUGGUCCUCUCACACGUAGACGUGGGUUUCGGCGAUACUGCUUAUGUCGUUGUCGGCGGCAAAAAUCAACCGGUGGCCAAUGUUUGGACCAACUACAACGUGGCCGUGUACAAAAUUUGCUAUAAAAAGUACGCCGGUCCCUUCCAAGCGCUCACUCCUUCAAACUACUUUGACUUUGCGACCAACGUCACCGCCACAAUUGCCUUCUUUUACGGAAACGGCACAUUGUUCGGUCAGACAAGGACGGUGCUGGCCACCGCCAACUGUCCGCAGGAGUACACCGACACCGGUAUCGACUCUUCCUUCAUCAGCACAGACGGUUCCGAAGCGUGCGCGCAAUUCGACGCCACUGGCGAUUGCUCGUACAAAACCUUGCCCGAAAAAAUCUAUCCUGUUUUGGUGAUCAACGGAGUGGUGGUAGCUAUCAUGAACAACGCCAGGUGCUUGGCAAACGGCUUGUACAACGCUCCUUCAGAGUUCAAUGUGAUCCAGUUCUACAGGGAUUACAUCUUGUCGGUGGCGCCCGACGCCAUUCCUUGAUUAAUUUUCGU